UGCAACAACAACCUGAACAACAACCUCAACAGCUAGUGCAACAACAACCUGAACAACAACCUCAACAGCUAGUGCAACAACAACCUGAACAACAACCUCAACAACAACCUGAACAACGACCUCAACAACAACCUCUACAACCUCAAAAACGUGGCCGAGGACGACCAAGAAAAUAUGUCCUGCCAACUCAACAACAACAACCAGCCCAACCAACCCAACAACAGCAACCAGUCCUAUCAACCCAGCAACAACAACCAACUCAACCAACUCAACAACAACCGCAAGGGAGAAAGAGGAAUCAUAAUGAUGAUGAUUAUGAAGCCCAAGCAGGAUCAUCAAAAAAAAAUGAAGAUUUUAAGAAAUUGGCUAAAAAUUUGUUGGGGGAUCAAUUGUCGCCUAGCUUAGAAUAUAUUAAAGAAUUAAGAAAAUUAAAAGAUUAA